AUGGAAGGCCUCAUUGGACUGAUGAAAAAAACGUUCAAGUUCUUCCGUCCAUGGGAGGAUGCCACUCCGUCGAUUCCGCCAGUAACUCCUCCUUUGAUCUGGCAAUUUUCACCGAGCUCGAGCAGCUUUUUCACGACUUUUCCCAGUCCGUCCAUUUCACCAACAGCUCCAGUCAAUUCACCACCUACUACGAAACGGCAGUGCGUUCGAUGCUCAUGCCCAUUUUGCAUUUUACGGUAA